AUGCCCUGCCCACAACAACUCGCAUAGUCCCUCUCCACCCACACGCGCAAGAAGAACAAGGAACGUGCAGAAUAUAGGUAAAGAAAGAGAGGAACAAAAUCAGCAUCACGAUUACCCAAAUUGGAGACGUUAGGUUCUUCAGAAUUGUUUCCAUGGCUGGCAUUUGCUGCUACAUGUUAUUCUCUUUGGCCAAUUCGUGAUCGAAGUGGUGGCCCUUUUCCAAAACCCUAGGAGAGAGAAACUUCACAUUGAAACGGCCUCUUGGGGCUCUCAGGUUGCAACCUACCUUCCAAUUACUUCAACCUUUUGUGGAUUCAGACACUUCAGUAGAUGGGAAAUGACGCUCUAAGAUACUAGAAGUUGGGAAUGAAUGGAUAUAAAUCAGGAUCUGCGCUCCUUGUAAAUGCUGAGGUUGAUUCUAUGGGAGGAGUUGUUGAUGGCGGAGUUGGGAUAGGUUUGAAGAUAUCUCCGCGCAGAGCAGCAAUUGAAAAGGCUCAAGCAGAGCUCAGAGAGGAGUAUGAUGCUCGUGAAGAAAGAAGAAGAGAGCUUGAAUUUCUUGAAAAAGGUGGGAAUCCUCUGGACUUUAAGUCUGGGAUUACUGCUUCAGUUAGUGUGCAGUCUACUUCAAUCACUGGUCAGCCGCAUGAGCAGUUUGUGACCAGUGAAGCAAAAGGUAGUUUUGCAUUGACUGCCUCCCCUCAUACUGACUCUGUUGACAGUAGUGCUAGACCAGGGGCUCCUUUGGCUAGUGAACCUAAUACUGCUGAUAAUCUGCAACUUUUUAAUGGGGAGAAUGAGUUGCCUGAAACUGAAAGGAGGUGUUUCAAUAGGAGGAAUAAUAUUGCUGCAUCAGAACAGUCUUCUCAAAUUGGUGGAAGUCAAAAUGCUAAGGAGACUGAAGAUUCCGCUAUUUUCCGGCCAUAUGCACGAAGGAAUAGAUCUAGACCAAUUCAUGGUCCUCGGGGGGCUUCAAGGGAAGCAAAGGGGAUACUUUUGGAAACAAAUAACCAAAAGAACCUUAAUUUACCAACCGUAUCUAAGCCCGAGCCUUCUAGUUUAAAUGGUGAUAUUGGUACUAAAAAUUUGAUGACUGAUAAUACACUGAAUAAUGAGUUGGUUGGGAUCCGAGAUCACCAAUCCACUAGUGGUAGUGCUAGUGUUCCCAACGACAAACUGGAUAUCACAGUGAACAUAAACUUAAAAGAAAAUCCUGAAACUGUACCUUCUGAAGACAAUACUGUUGAAAAUCCAAUUCUCAUGGCUACUGAAGAAGCUAAUGUGGUUGAACUAAGCGAACCAGUAGGUGUUGUCAAUCGUGAGUCUCCAUCUCACAUACCUACUACUAAAGCUGAAAAUGGGCCUUGUGAUUGUCAGCCAAAUGGAUUUGGCAGUGGUGAAGUAGACAGGAAAAGUGUAAAAAAUGAAGGUCAAAAUAACAUUGCUAGAUUAGGCAAGAAGAAUUUCGAUUUAGGGUCCUCAUGCACACGAACUAGUUUUGGUAGGCAUGUAAAUAAUGAUAAUGAUAUGUGUACUAAUACAAAGACUGUCGACACUAAUGAAAAUACCAUGGAACAAACAUUUACAUUAGAGAGUAAGCUUAACUCUGCCAACUGUGAAGUUGUGAAAGAUAGGCAUAAGACCAAAAUUGGUGCUAUUGUUAGCAAUGAACAUGAUGCUGGUUGUCAAGAUCAUUCUGGUAGUGAUAAUAUCGUCAAAGCUGAGGAAGAUUUCAAUAUCAAUAGUUCUUCCAUGUCAAAUAUCAAGGGAGUACACAAUGACAGUACCACACCUAAAGCUGAUAACGAUACUGUCUUAGUGGAUCAGUCCAAUGUCAAGGAAAGCAGUUCAGAAAGACAUCAGGUUCCUGUAGAUGUGUCACUAUCAGAAUCUCCUCAGACUGCUCUAGCUGAAAAGGUUAAGAGCGCCACCUUGGAUGAUCAACCAUGUGCCAUGCACUCUAUGAAGUUAGUAGAAAAGGCCCGUGAAGAUUCUAUAUUGGAAGAGGCUCAAAUUAUAGAGGCCAAGCGAAAGAGAAUUGUGGAGUUAUCCCUUCGCUCAUUACCAACACAGAACCAAAGAAAGUCACAUUGGGGUUUUGUUCUCGAGGAAAUGGCAUGGCUGGCAAAUGAUUUUGCUCAGGAGCGUCUCUGGAAGAUAGCUGCUGCUGGACAAUUGGGCCAUCAAGCAGCUUUUACUUGUAUGUCAAGAUCUGUAAAACUAGACAAACAAUUAGAGACAAAAGUUUUGUCUCACAAGAUAGCAAAGGCUGUCAUGCAGUUUUGGCAUUCUGCCGAGCUUCUUCUAGACAAUGAUCUUGACAUUAACUGCAUUUUGGGUUGUGUUAAAUCUGGAAAUGUUGAUGCAAAUGAAGCUAUGAGGGACCAGAGAAGAAAUUACAAUGUGCUGCUGGAAACAAGCAAACUUGUGGAGGGACAAAAUCCAGUCAAACAUGCUCAACUUAAAGUGCAUGCAUAUGCUUUGAGAUUUCUAAAGGCUAAUAGGUCUCAUGGAAUUUCCUCUCAAGCAGAGGCACCAACAACUCCUGAAAAGAUUUUUGACUCAAGCACGGUUGAUAUGUCAUGGGAUGAGCAUCUUAAUGAAGAAAAUCUUUUCUACGAAGUUUCUCCUACUGCAACGGAAACAUAUAGAAAAGCUAUAGAAUCUCAUUUCCAUCAUUUUGAGAAUAAACUUUUUCAGAAAAUUGGGAAUAGCAUUCAAGAGGAAAUUGAAACAUCUGUGUAUGAUACCACAGCAGAGUUUGGAUCGCAAGAGAAUGCAUAUGAUGAGGAAGAAGGAGAAAAUAGCACUUAUUACUUGCCCGGUGUCUAUGAGGGCAACAAAUCAUCGAAAUCAGCACAGAAGAAACAUAAAAAUUUGAAGUCUUAUACUCCUAGGUGUGGUGAUGCUGGUGCUGAUUUGCCUUAUGUACACUAUACAACUGGAACUCAAUCAUCCAUGAUGUUUGGAAAAAGACCUGCUAGUUUAAAUGUUGGAUCAAUACCAACAAAGCGCAUGCGUACUGCUACUAGGCAUAGAGUUGUAAGCCCUUUUACUAACCUUGGGACAGUACAAGCUCAAGCUAAGGCGGAUGCUUCAAGUGGUGAUACCAAUUCCUUUCAUGAUGACCAGAGUACUUUACAUGUCGGACCCCUGAUCCAAAAAGGGACUGAGGUGGAGUCAAAUGCAGAUUUUGAAAAACAGCUAUCUUAUGAUUGUGCAGAAACAUUUGUUAAAACGAAGAAGAAGAAGGCAAAGACUUUGGGUUCGAUGUAUGAUCAGGGGUGGCAGUUGGAUUGUGUUGUCCUAAAUGAACAGAGGGAUCAGUCUAAGAAGAGAGGGGAUAGUCAUCACUUUGAAUCUAUUGGAAGUGGUGGCUUAUAUGGGCAACAUAAAGGGAAGAAACCAAAGUUAAUGAGGCCACUUGAUAAUCCUUUGGACAAUAUUGUGCCACUGACUAAUUCUAUUCCUUCACCUGCUGCUUCACAAAUGAGUAACAUGUCAUCUCCUAAUAAAUUUAUCAAGAUCAUUAGUGGUCGAGACAGGGGCCGGAAAACUAAAUCUCUGAAGACUUCUGCUGGACAGCCUGGUUCUGGAAGUCCUUGGUCACUAUUUGAAGAUCAGGCUCUUGUGGUCCUGGUGCAUGAUAUGGGUCCAAACUGGGAGCUCGUGAGUGAUGCUAUCAAUAGUGCUCUCCAAAUCAAGUGCGUCUUUCGCAAACCAAAAGAGUGCAAGGAUCGUCAUAAAAUUUUAAUGGAUAGAACUACUGGGGAUGGCGCAGAUAGUGCUGAAGAUUCAGGGUCUUCUCAAUCUUAUCCGUCUACGUUGCCUGGAAUUCCUAAGCAGGGUAGUGCCAGGCAGCUAUUUCAACGGUUACAGGGGCCAAUGGAGGAGGAUACAUUGAAGUCUCAUUUUGAGAAAAUUAUAAAGAUUGGACAGAAGCAACAUUACUUUAAGAAUCAGGUUGAUAACCAGGAUUCAAAACAAGUAGUGCCUGCCCAUAAUUCACACGUGAUUGCUCUUUCCCUAACGAGUCCCAACAACCUGAAUGGAAAUCUUUUAACGCCACUUGAUCUCUGUGAAGCUGAAGAAACAAACCCAGAUGUCCCAGCCGUUGGGUACCAAGGUUCUCAUCCUGGUGGUUUGACAUUACCACAUCAAGGUUCUAUACAGUCAACGCUUACCACAUCUGGGGUGAACUCUUCACUACCUGGGUCUUCUGGUAUGGUUCUCGGCCAUCACUUGUCAUCAUCAUCUGGUUCAGCCAUAACAUCUGUCAGGGGUGGUAGAUAUGGAAUUCCAAGGAAUUCUCCUUCAUCAGUGGAUGAGCAACAGAGAAUACAAUACAAUCAAAUGUUAUCUGGAAGAAGCAUUCAGCAGACAAUUCCAGUUACUGGGACUCUUUCUGGAAGUGAUCAUGGUCGCAUGCUUCCUGGUGGAAAUGGUAUUGGUAUAAUGGGUGGAAUUAACAAAGCCAUGGCAAUGUCUAGGCCAGGGUUUCAAGGAUUAGCAUCACCAUCGAUGCUUAAUUCUGGAAGCAUGAUUUCCUCUAGUAUGGUUGGGAUGCCAAGCCCUGUAAAUAUGCACUCUGGAGUUGGCCCUGGACCAGGCAACUCAAUUUUAAGACCUCAUGAGACACUACAUAUGAUGAGGCCUGGCCAUAACCCAGAACAUCAAAGACAAAUGAUGGUUCCAGAGCUUCAGAUGCAAGUCACCCAAGGGAACAGUCAAGGUAUUCCUGCUCUAUGUGGGCUGAGUUCUUCCUUUAGCAAUCAGACAACACCACCUGUUCAGCCUUAUCCAGGACAUGCACAACAGUCCCACCAACUCUCGCAGCAGCAGUCCCAUCUCAGUAAUCCUCGUCCUCAUCUUCAAGGUCCAAGUCAUACCAAUUCACAGCAGCAAACCUAUGCUGUCCGGUUAGCGAAGGAAAGGCAACGAUAUCUCCAGCACCAGCAGCAGCUUGCUGCCUCCAAUGCAUUGUUGCCACAUGUCCAGGCAAAGUCUCAACUUCCCAUAUCAUCAACACCAUUGCAGAACAGUUCUCAAGUUCAACCACAAAAUUCUUCUCAGCAAGUCCCACAUUCACCUAUAACACCAUCAUCCCCUCUGACUCCCAUGUCAUCCCAGCUCCAACAGCAGAAACUUCACCAAUCACAACCUGUGUUCAGCAGAAAUCCCCCUGCUAGUGGGUUGACUAACCAAGCAGCAAAGCAACGCCCACGACAUCCACCACAGCAGCCAUCGCCACCACAGCAGUAUCAACAAUCUGGUAGGCAGCAUCCUAAUCAACGGAAUAAUGUACAGUCUCAACAACAGGCAAAACUUAUGAAGGGAAUGGGAAGAGGAAAUAUGUUGGUCCAUCCGAACCUCUCUGUGGAUACUUCUCAUCUAAGUGGACUCUCUCUGCCUGUGGGAAGCCAAACUGGUGAAAAAGGGGACCCAAUCUUGCACAUGAUGCAAGGUCAAAAUAUAUAUCCAGGAUCUGGUUUAAAUCCAAAGCCUUUGGGCCAUGCUCAUUCUUCAAAUCAUCAGCAGAAGCUGCAUUCUGUGUCACCAACGACUUCGUCAAAGCAACUUCAUAUUCCUUCUGAUACUAAAGCUCAAGCACAGGUUUCACCAGUUUCAUCAGGCCAGUUGUUGUCACCUACACAGCCAGCUGUUAUUGCUUCUAACCACCAUCAGCUGCAGCCACAGAGUCAGUCUAAGAAAAUUAAUCAUACUCAAACAAAUGUUCAGAGAAUGUUGCCACUAAACCAUCCUGUUCAUACUGAGCCAUUAAAGUCUGAUCCAAUUCAAGCUGACCAACAGUCUGCAAACAGCGCUUCCCAGGUUAGCACAUGUGCUACAAUGACUCAGAGUUGUAUGGAUUCUGUUAGUGCUGUACCAGUUAUUGCCACAGUAUCUUCUCAGAGGAAAACAGCUGAACCGCCAUUUGAUUCCACUAUGAAAAAUCAAACCACUCAAAUAAGCUCAUUGGGAAGUGCACCUGCUGGAAAUUCCACGGGAAAUGAGCAACCGACAAUUAGUCAAGGGUUGGAGCCAAGAUCAGUUAGCUUGACUUGUCAUGCACACAAUUCUGAUACACAGUGGCAAAAACAUCAAGUACAACCUCUCCAACAGGCACAACCCAUCCUAUCUCAGCAGCCAUAUCAGACUGAGCAGCAGAAACAGCAUGAGAAAGAAGAAUAUUCUCCCAAAGAUCUUGUUUUACAACCUCAACAACAUUUGCCGCAUCUACAAUCAGGGCAGAACAGUAUGUUUAUCCAGCCACCUAAUUCUAAAGUUGAAUGAUGCUUUGCAACGGAUGGAACAGCCAAGUGCACUUUUUCUGUCAAGAUUGGAGUUUUUAUGCCUUAAUGACAGCAUUGUACAGAUGAAGCUGAUUAUUCAUGGGGACUGUGGAAUAUGGAAACAGAUAUUCGUUGUUUCUGCACAGGUCCUGUUGAUGUACUAACCCAAGUUAUAUUGGCAGGCAUCAUGGCUUAUCAUGUUCUUGUUUGACAAAUCUUGUAUAUUAACAGUGUUCUUAGAAGGUUGACCCCACCAUUUUGGUUUUUGGAAAAGAGACGAGUAUAGAGGUCUUUUUGUAUAGGAUCGUCUCUUGGGUCCUUUGUACUUUCCCCUCCUUUUCCUUUUUUGUUUUACCUUCUCAUGUGCAGAGAAACAGUUUAUUUUUGUUUUACUAGAUUAGUGAAUGUAUUAUUACUCUAGAUAAUCGGGAUAGAAAUCAUUUUUAUUGGCAAAAGCCAAUUGAAGCUUUUGUGAAUACAAGUUUCCCAAUGAUGUCUUGGUACUACCAUCUGUAUA